UUAGUAUUAGUAUUUUCACAAAAUUUGUUGGCCUUUGAAUGCGGACAAUCAGCUAUUAAGCGAAUAGUUGAUGGAGACGAUUCAGUGGCUACAGCCUGGCCGUGGAUGGCAGCAAUAUAUAUUAAAUCUUACGACAAUAAUGGGAAUUUAGAAAAACCUAAAUUCAUUUGUGGCGGCAGUAUAAUUGAUCACCGAUGGGUUUUGACAGCCGCUCACUGUGUUUAUGAUAAUAAUCAAAAUCUAAUAGAUAAGGAGCUAAUAGAAGUAUGGGUCGGUGAACACAAUUUAGCAGAUGAAAAAUCAAAUACCAUGAUGAAAAUAAAGACUGAACGAAUUAUUGGCUAUAAAUAUUAUUAUCAACCAACAUUCAAACAUGAUAUUGCAUUAAUAAAAUUAGCUAAACCGCUUCAUUUUAAAGGAAACUCAUAUAUACAACCCAUAUGUCUUCCAGAUGAUGGCGACAAAUUUAAUGUCUACAAUUGUACAGCAACCGGUUGGGGCCGUGAUAAAUUUAGUGGAAGUAGUCAAUCUAAUUUAAAAGAAGUAAAACUACCAAUUAUUUAUGAUAAUGAAUAUUGUAAAUCAGAAUGGCUUAAAACGUCUUAUAAGAUGUAUGCUGACAUUGAUAAAACCACUCAGCUAUGUGCUGGCUAUAAACACUACGACUCUCGUAGUGCAUGUAAGGGUGAUAGUGGUGGACCACUUAACUGUCAAAGGUCUAGCCGUGUUUGGGUGGUUCAGGGCAUCACUUCAAUGGGUAAUUAUUGCGGUGAAGAUGGAGUUCCAACUGUUUAUACCAAUGUUGUCAGUUAUGUCGAUUGGAUUUAUAAAACUAUGAAAAAAUAUAAAGAUUAAUAAUAAUAGA